CACUUGUCGUCCACAUGGCCCCUUCUUGAGAGCUUUCUACUCCCCCGCAAAGGCAGAGUACGACUGGCAAACAGCCCCCCCUUCCUUUCUUCCUUCCUCCAUUUUCACCUGAGCUUUCCACACAGAGAGACAGAGAGAAAGAGAAUUCAUAAUAAGUGGCGAUCGAUCGGAGGAGACUCCCCAUAGAUCCCGAUAAUGGAGCAGCAUGUGAUCAUGAUCAGAGAUAAUAAUGCUAAUCCCAGAGACGGAGGAGGAGACAGAGUAAUAAUAAAGGAUGAACACGCGCCGCCGCAAGUCCUGACUCCCGGCGGCUCCCCCGGCAAUCCCGCCGCCGCGUCUCCUGCCUCCUCUUCCUCCUCUCCAGCUCACGAGUUCUCCUUCUCCCUUUCCCUCCACCAGUCCUCGUCGUCUUCAUCGGCAAAAGUCCCUGACCGAACAGGGCACCCGCCCGCCGUCGACUUAACUCCGGCCGAUGAAAUAUUCUUCCACGGCCAAUUGCUCCCCCUCCAACACCGCCACAACCGCCGCUCCUCCCACAUCCCCUCCGAGACCUCCGUCCAUCCCCUGAAAGAUUCGUCGGAUGACCAGGAUGCCCCUUACAGUCAAACGGACCUCCGCCGGAGAAGCACCGACGAUCGCAGAAGAGAAGAAAAGCAGAAACCCAAAUCCUUCGCUUCCAUGAUUUGGCCGUCUAAAUGGAGAAAAGGGUCGCCGGAGGUCAAAGAGAAGGAGAAACAGGGGAAGAAGGUGAAAUUCGACAUGACGCAGAUGGUGAAGAGAUACAUGAGAAUGGUGUCGCCAUUGUUGGGGUUCAGAGGAACAAAAGCAAAAGGGGAAGAUGACCGGAAAUCCACCUAUUCCUAUUCCGGGUACAUAAAUCCCACCGGAGGAAAAAAAGGGAAGAACAAAGACGGGAAUAUGAUCAGAGGGAGGAGCUCGGCGCCGGCGUCACUGAGGGCAUCUCCGGCGAACAGCGGCGUUCUUCUGCCGUCGGCGACUUCGGGCGGCGCUGUUUCUUCAUCAAGUGAGAGCACCAUGGAGGAAUUGCAGUCCGCCAUUCAAGCAGCCAUUGCCCACUGCAAGAAAUCCAGUGCCACUUCAGAUUAAACUCCAUCGAUCGUCUUCUUCAAGAUUCAAGUUUAGGUUUUUUUCCCAUCACACACUUUUAAUUCAAUUUUCAUCUUUUAAGAAAAUCAAAUCCACCAUUCAUUGGAGGCUCAAGAAGAAGAUUAAAAAAAAUUGGGCCAAUGUUUAUUUGCUGAAAUCUUAGGGUAAAAUUGAAUUAUGGAGCAUAAUUUAGCAAAGUAAAAGAGGGAUCAACAAUUUUUUCUUUUUUAAAUACAAAGUAUAAUAACAAUAAGACUGUUUU